AGAUCGAUACCGGACCAACGACCAAAUAUUGAAGAGGUUACAUCUAAUCUUGCGAAUAUUAACAUAGAUAAUGUAAUAUCUAUUGAAGAUGAUGAUGGCAACAAACCAGAUAUAACCAACAUUCUUCAAGGAUUAACCAAUGGAAUUGAUCUCCAAGGACUACCUAAUGGAAUUGACCUUCAAGGACUAACUAAUGGAAUUGAUGCUGAUUCUGAAAUUUUGCAUGAAUUAUAUGAAAUUUUAAGUACAGCAUCAAGUUCAGCAUCAAAUAUUAAUGAAACUUUAUGUUUAGUAUCAAAUCUUAAUGAGAGUUCAAAUUUAUCAUCAAAUAUUAACGAAGAUUCAAGUUUAAAGUCAAAUAUUAAUAAAAAUUCGAAUUUAUCAUCAAAUAUUAAUGAAGAUUCAA